AUGUCUCAGAAGGAGCGCGUCGAGGCUGGUAAGCCCACUGGUACACUCGGUUCCCAGGACAGCUGGAAACAAGCUGGCAAAGCCACGUCAGAGACAAACAUGGAGCUGGCCAUUCCACCCACGUUACAAACCGAAAAUGCCACCGCUGAACACAUAGCUCAGGAGCCACCAGUAGAACGGCCUGAGGUGGCUGAGAGAGAGGCGCCCUUUAGAAGGAGUCAAACAGACACUGAAACCAAACCGGAAUCCAGCACAGUGUCGCAGAUCACAACCCAGGAGCCUAAGGUGCAGAGUGGGGGGCCAACAUCAGGAAGGCCUCCUGCUCAACCUAAGGUACCUGACAAGAGGAGACCUGAGCUGGGUCCAUGCGGUCCAGCUGUGAACGGCAUGCCAUUGCCAGCGCACUGUCCCCAGCGCCCUGCCAGGAUACCAGCUCCUCAUCCACCAAGAGCCAACCCUCCCCACAGAGGCCAGCAGAUCGGCAUGGGACCAAGAGGGCAGAGGGGGCAUCAAGGCCAGCCAGGUUUGACAGGGCCACGUGGGCCCAAAGGCGAUAAAGGUUACGCAGGGCCAAUGGGCCGAACCGGUCGCACUGGAUACAGGGGACCUAUCGGGCCUCCAGGGAUGCCUGCCAUAAUUGUAUGGAGAACCUCGGAGGAGGAGUGGAUCAUCUUCAAAAAAAAGAAGUUUUAUAAAAAGCUUGUAUCGUCUUGGCCGAGACAGAAGGGUCCCCCAGGGCCGAUUGGCCCCCCUGGAGAUCCCGGGCCCCUGGGACCACCUGGGAUUUCUGGGAAGCAGGGAAGAAAAGGAGACACAGGAAAAACCGGGAGGAUAGGGCCUGUAGGGAUGCCUGGUCCUCAAGGAAGACCCGGACAGGAAGGGACACCUGGGAAAGAUGCACCUGAUGGCUCACCUGGCCCAUCUGGGGAAGAGGGCCCACAGGGUUAUGGAGGCGAUCGGGGCAGCAAGGGGGAGCUGGGUGAGUGGGGUUAUCAAGGUGAGCCAGGGCCACAGGGGAGCAGAGGAAGGAAAGGAGAAAAGGGGAACAAAGGAGAGAAGGGCUUCAUUGGCAUCACAGGGGGAUUCGAGGGCCGAGAGGCCCAAUUGGAUUUCUCGGAUCACGUGGGCCCCCUGGAGAGCCUGGCGGAUCAGGUUUCCCAGGAUCACCAGGACCGCCUGUACGUUUAA